UAUAACAUGGUAAAGAUGUACAAAAUAAGUACCGACAAACUAUAAUCACCGUGGCUUAUUCUCGGUAAGCCAUGAUUUCCCGCGCAAGCGAGCUGAAACCACGCCCUUGUAUAAAACGCAAGUUCACAGUCAUGGGGACGUAAUGUGGUAAUUGGCUCGCCAUGAGAACCAUCGUUGUGGUUGCUGUGAUCGUUGCGUUGGUGGCGGUCUGUUCGAUACGUGCAGAUGGGUACCAAAUCGCAGUUCCGGACACAGAAUUAAUAAAUGACGCACCAUUGAGCACACUGUUCCGCGAGAAGCGGCAAGUUGAAUCCUUCGACGAUGACGACCUGAGCGCGCCGCAGCAACAAGAGCCUGAGGAGCCCGGCUUCUGGGACCGAGUGGUCAAGAUAGCCGUCAAGCUCUUCGCGCGCUUUGUGGAGUGGCUCAACUCUUAAAUACCUCUUUAACUUGCUGUUACAGCGCGUCCGAUAAGGCUAUGGCUCUAGAGCAUCAUUUCCGACGCACGCGACGCGAGGUACCUGCGCCAAAGAAAGCCUGGUACUUAACCUUGCCUACUUUCAACAUUUCGAUCUUUUAUAUGAGUGAAUCAAGUGAAUGGGUUCAAAUUUUGCAUCCAUGUUCGCUAGUACCAUAGACAAAACUUUCUUUGGCGCAGGUACCUUACUCGUGGCGCGUUCGCCUAAUCUGGAGGCACCUUGUUUUCAUAAUAUAUACAGUCCAGGACUUGAUUGAGGGUAUAGUUGAAAUUGGAAAAUCGAAUUAGCUUGAGCACUAAAUGGCUUAAUGAUUUAAGACUGUAUCUGUAGAAAGUUAGUUGGUGAGUAGCAAAAAUAUAUUGAUUUGACCAUGGCAUACAACUGUCUAUAAUGAAAUUGUAAAACCUGGACCUGUAACCUGGUUCUGGAAGUAGUUGUCAGCAGCAUCUCUCAAAAAAUAUGAACUAUUUUUGUAUUUAUUUAAGUAUUUCAAGCUUUUUAAUUAGGUACCCUAUUCUGUCUCAAUAAUUCUUCAAUUUGAGAUUAUUGACCCCUUAUUGAGAUAUACAACACAACAGUUACCAAAUAAUGUACAACUUAUUAUUCCAUGUCUAUGUAUAUAUGUGUAAGGUUAUGGGGUAUUAUGCCUCUAAAUUGUAAAGCCAUAAUGUAAUAAAACAUUUAAAAUAAUAAA